AUGCUCUUCGGUUUUGGUCUUGUGUUUGCGUUUUUCGUCUACGAUGCCACCACCUACCGUACCGACCCAGACAACGUUGACAUCCCUGUCUCGCAGAAUGCACUUAACCCAAGACGGGGUGGCCCAAAGAACCUUCCAAUUGCCGAAGUUCUCGUGGACGAUCACGACUGCGACAUGAAGCUGGAGCAAAAAGAUAAGCCGAAACUUGUUAUUCUUGGUACCGGAUGGGGAAGUGUGGCAUUAAUGAAGAGUUUGAAUCCCGGAGACUACCAUGUCACCGUUGUCUCCCCUGUGAACUACUUUCUCUUUACGCCAAUGCUCCCUUCAGCAACAGUAGGAACCCUUGGACUUAGCUCGUUGGUAGAACCGAUUAGGCUGGUUGUACAGCGGCUUCGGGGACAUUUCCUUCGAGCCGAGGCGGUGGACGUAGACUUUGACGAGAAACUUGUUGAAAUAUCUCAAGUUGACUGCGAUGGCAACAGAAAGAAUUUCUAUCUGCCGUAUGAUAAACUGGUUAUCGGAGUUGGUAGGUCUUUCGGAGCCCUCCUCCCUUUUGAUCCCACUACUCAUCUUUUCCCAGGCUCUACAACCAAUCAGCACGGUGUAAAAGGUCUUGAACACUGCAACUUUUUGAAAUCGAUUGACGAUGCUCGUCAGAUUAAAGCAAAGGUCCUUCGAAACUUGGAAGUAGCCUGUCUUCCUACCACUAGUGAUGAGGAACGGAAACGUCUUCUAUCCUUCGUUGUAUGCGGAGGCGGCCCAACCGGUGUCGAAUUCGCUGCCGAACUCUUUGACAUGUUAAAUGAAGAUUUAUUCAGAUCGUUCCCUAGGAUUUUGAGAAACGAGAUUUCUGUCCAUCUUAUCCAGAGCAGAAGCCAUAUUCUCAAUACUUACGAUGAAACAUUGUCCCUUUAUGCUGAGCGACGGUUCGCUCACGAUCAAGUCAAUGUGCUUACCAAUUCAAGAGUCAAGGAAGUUCAAUCUGAUAAAAUCCUCUUCACCCAAAUGGAAGAUGGCAAGCCAGUUGUUAAGGAGAUUCCCAUGGGCUUUUGCUUAUGGUCAACUGGAGUCGCUCAAGCAGAACUUUGCCGAAAGCUGUCCAAGAAGCUGGAAGGCCAAAACAAUAAGCACGCCCUGGAGACAGAUACCCAUCUUCGACUACUUGGAGCUCCACGGGGAGAAGUAUAUGCUAUUGGAGAUUGUUCCACUGUACAGAAUAACGUAGCUGACCACAUCCUAUCCUUCUUACGUGAAAUUGCCUGGGAGAAAGGCCGUGACCCCCAGAAAAUUCAUCUCACUUUUGGAGAAUGGCGCGAUGUAGCCCAGCGAGUGAAGAAGCGCUUCCCGCAAGCCUCAAACCAUCUCAGAAGACUCGACAAGCUAUUUGAACAAUACGAUAUUGACCGGAGUGGUACUCUCGACUUCCAUGAAUUGCACGAGCUGCUCGUUCAAAUCGACUCAAAACUUACUUCUCUCCCUGCAACCGCCCAGCGUGCUAAUCAGCAAGGACACUACCUCGGUCGCAAGUUCAAUAAAAUUGCCCUUGCCGUCCCAGGAAUGCGUUCUAAGGAAGUCAAUUUUGAAAGCCUUGAUGAAAGCGUUUAUCGAGCUUUUGAAUACAAACAUCUCGGUAGUUUGGCAUACAUUGGUAACGCUGCUGUAUUCGAUAUCAAUGGUCUCAGCUUCGGAGGAGGCUUACUCGCCGUGUAUUUGUGGCGAAGUAUUUAUUUUGCUCAGAGCGUUAGCAUCAGGACCAGAGUCAUGAUGGCCAUGGACUGGGCUAAACGAGCUCUAUUUGGAAGAGGUAUGAUUUCCUAG